GCGUCGAGCUGCCGCCCAACCCGGAGGACGCGCUCGAGGUGUUCGUCGACGGGCACGCCGUGCGGAUCCCCAAGGGCUUCUCCGUGCUCCAGGCCUGCGAGGUCGCCGGCGUCGACAUCCCGCGCUUCUGCUACCACAGCCGCCUCUCCAUCGCCGGCAACUGCCGCAUGUGCCUCGUCGAGGUCGAGAAGUCGCCCAAGCCCGUCGCCUCCUGCGCCAUGCCCGCCCUCCCAGGGAUGAAGAUUAAGACGAACACACCAAUUGCCAAGAAGGCAAGGGAGGGUGUCAUGGAGUUCCUGUUGAUGAACCAUCCGCUGGAUUGCCCAAUCUGUGACCAGGGCGGGGAGUGCGACCUCCAGGAUCAGUCCAUGGCCUUUGGGGCUGACCGUGGUCGUUUCACCGACAUGAAGCGGUCGGUUGUGGAUAAGAAUUUGGGCCCCUUGGUGAAGACGGUGAUGACCCGUUGCAUCCAGUGCACAAGGUGCGUCAGGUUUGCAUCUGAGGUUGCUGGUGUUCAGGACCUGGGUAUGUUAGGCCGUGGCAGUGGUGAAGAAAUCGGAACAUAUGUGGGGAAACUUAUGACAAGUGAACUAUCUGGAAACGUUAUUGAUAUCUGCCCCGUUGGAGCUCUUACAUCCAAGCCAUUUGCAUUUAAAGCUAGGAACUGGGAGAUGAAGGGCACUGAGACUAUUGAUGUUACUGAUGCAGUAGGGUCCAACAUACGUGUUGACAGCAGAGGUCCUGAAGUUAUGCGCAUUGUUCCUCGUCUCAAUGAGGAUAUCAAUGAAGAAUGGAUAUCUGACAAAACACGGUUUUGUUAUGAUGGUUUGAAGAGGCAAAGACUAAAUGACCCUAUGAUUCGUGGUCCUGAUGGCAGGUUCAAGGCAGUGACAUGGCGUGAUGCUAUUGCGGUUGUUGCUGAGGUUUUGAAUCAAGUCAAGCCAGAAGAAAUUACUGGAGUCGCUGGCAAACUUUCUGAUGCAGAAUCCAUGAUGGCGCUGAAAGAUUUUAUUAAUAAAAUGGGUUCGGAUAAGGUGCUCUGUGAGGGGAAUGGCCCGAAUCCACCAGCAGAUAUUCGAUCAAACUACCUAAUGAAUACUAGCAUUGCUGGUCUUGAGAAAGCUGAUGUCUUCCUUUUGGUUGGCACACAGCCAAGGGUGGAAGCUGCUAUGGUGAACGCAAGGAUUCAGAAGACUGUUAGAGCAACACAAGCAAAGGUGGGCUACAUUGGUCCUCCAGCAGACUUCAACUAUGACACUUGGCAUCUUGGCACAGGGCCAGAUACCCUUGUCGAGAUCGCCGAGGGCCGACAUCCUUUCUGUUCAAUACUGAAGUCUGCAAAGAACCCAGUAAUCAUCGCUGGAGCUGGGUUAUUUGAACGAGAAGACCAAGGUGCUGUGUUCUCAACAAUUGAAACCGUAGCCAAGAAGUUCAAUGUGACGAGACCAGACUGGAACGGGCUUAAUGUCCUAUUGCUCCAUGCUGCACAGGCCGCAGCUCUUGAUCUGGGCCUCGUCGCUAAUCCUACCGAGAGCGUCAAAUCUGCGAAGUUCCUUUACCUGAUGGGAGCCGAUGAUGUGAACUUGGACAACCUUCCAGCGGAUGCAUUUGUUGUUUACCAGGGCCACCAUGGUGACAAGGCCGUGUACAGGGCCAAUGUUAUUCUGCCAUCUUCAGCAUUUAGUGAGAAAGAAGGCACUUACGAGAACACUGAGGGUUGCACCCAGUGGACCAUCCCAGCUGUGCCUACAGUUGGUGAUGCUAGGGAUGACUGGAAGAUCGUCCGUGCUCUUUCCGAGGUUGCCGGGGCGCCACUGCCCUACGACAGCGUCGCAGCUGUGAGGAGCCGGAUUAGUAUGGUGGCUCCAAAUCUUGUGCGCGUUGACGAGAGGGAGCCUUCGGUGAUCUCUGCCGAGGUGAAGCCUCCGGUGAAGCAGCAAGUGAGCCCGGCUCCAUUCAAAGCUGCCGUGGAGAACUUCUACAUGACCGACGCGAUCACACGGGCUUCCAAGAUCAUGGCUCAGUGCAGCGCAACCUUGUUGAAGAAGUGAGGUCCUACUCUAUGUUACGCCCCCUUGAAGAAGUUAAAUCAUCGGCAUACGAGAUUUUAGUUGCUUUUUCCAUUUCACUCACCAGUUGUUGCUUGGGAGUAUAAAUUUGGACUGCCUCUACCCUAGCUAGAUCUGAGGAGCAGCGAAACUUGAAAGCAGUGCAUUUUUCUGUAACGUGUGAGAAGCGGAGCAUACUUAAUAAGCUUGUUUUGCCCUUUUGAAUUAGACGGCAGCCGCAAGCAAAUAAUUUUGUUGUAUUUGGGUUUUCGCCUGCUCGUUUCACGGUUCCAGGGUGCAGGCGAAUGUAGCUGUAUGUGCAAAUUAAGGUAUACCCCAUUUUAUCAUUCA